CUUUGGGUAUGCAACGGGUGGAAGAUUCCACCUUUUUCUUCCUGCCCUCAUCCAUUUAGACAGAACCUCCUCCUCUCUAAUUUGCUGCUCCGUCUCUUCUUCCUUUUCUGUACUUUUGAUCUUAGUAACCAUAAUCUCUCCUUUUAUACCUUUAGUUUUGAUCUUAGAAAUCGAGUUUUUAGGUUGGUAGAAUCGUCGGAUCGCCUCAAGUUCCUGGUCUGUUGUUGUCUUCCAGUUCAAAGUUUGAUGUGUUCAUGGACGUGUUGCUGUAGUUCUGCGUAUCUGUUGAGAAAAUCUAUGAUUAUUCUCUCGAUAAGUAGCUUUUCUUGCAAAGAUCUGUAGGGAACUGAUAGAAUAGGCAAUCCUUGGAAUUCUCUUGUUCUUCAUAUUUAGAUAAGGGUGUUUUCUGAGGUGUAGGUCAAACUGUUCGAUGAUGAAUGAUGUCCUACUUUUUUCUGAGCUAUUUAUUAGAUGAGAGGAGGACAGAUCUGCUUGUCUGAGAAACUGAGCUCUUCCCCCACCCCCUCUUUCUGCCAACUGCUUAAUUGAAUCUGUACUUCGACCCUUUUGGCCUUUCUUUCUAGUUCUUCCCUUUCAAACUUGGACUAAACCGAAGAAUAGGAAUCCGCUAGAGAGUAUUCUCACGAUGAAAGGGCUCAUAAUUCAGCAAAGCCGAGCUGUGGAGGCGAACAUGUCCAAUCUCAGCUCGCCCUCUGGGGAAGCAAGUGCGUCUUCCAACCAGCAACCCUCCUCGGCCUCGACGAAUCCAACCCCGGUCAAGAGAAAGAGGAACCUCCCGGGAAAUCCAGACCCAGAUGCUGAGGUGAUAGCGCUGUCCCCCAAGACCCUGAUGACAACCAACCGGUUCGUGUGUGAGAUCUGCAACAAAGGUUUUCAGAGGGACCAGAACCUGCAGCUCCACAGGAGGGGUCACAACCUGCCAUGGAAGCUGAAGCAGAGAAGCAAGGAGGUGAGGAAGAAGGUCUACGUUUGCCCGGAGGUGACAUGCGUGCACCAUGACCCUUCCAGGGCGCUCGGGGACCUUACCGGCAUCAAGAAGCACUUCAGUAGGAAGCAUGGGGAGAAGAAGUGGAAAUGCAACAAGUGUUCCAAGAAAUACGCUGUCAUGUCUGAUUGGAAGGCCCACUCCAAGAUCUGCGGCACCAGAGAAUACAGAUGCGACUGCGGCACCCUCUUUUCCAGGAGGGACAGCUUUAUCACUCAUAGAGCCUUCUGUGAUGCACUGGGAGACGAGAGCUCGAGGGUCGUCACAGCAAAGCCUACAGCAGCUACUCACCACCCCCACCAAUUCUCGCAUCCUGCGGCAUCACUCGAACCCUUCCCUCUCCAUCAAACUAUCCUGCAGACACAGUUCCCUCCGUUGAUCCGCACUCCAGAGGUCAGCAACAAUGCUAUGAGCGGCAGCCAUGAGCUACAACAGGAGCUGUCACUGAAAAGAGAGCAGCAGAAACACUUCAACAUCAGAUCGGAUAUCCCACCAUGGCUAAACUGCCAGGCGACUACUUCUCUCGGCCAUUUAGACUUCCCUUACUCUAUCUACUCCACAAGACUCGAACAGGAGUACCCUCCUGGAAACCCGGGGGCUCUCCCUCCUCCACCCGCUCCUCUUCCGGCCUACCAAGUCUCAGCUUCCUCUCCCCACAUGUCAGCCACUGCAUUGCUCCAGAAGGCAGCACAGAUGGGUGCAACAAUAAGUCGACCUCCACAGAUCGGUCACAUGACAUCGCACACUACUUCUGGCUUUGGUAUUGGCUUGUCCUCACAGCAGGAUAUCGACGGUGGUGGUGGUGGAAGAGGAGGAGCAAGUUUUGGACAAGUGUCGGCACCUCCUCCUCUCCUCCAUGACAUGAUGAUGAACCGUCUCUCCGCACCUCCAGGGUUUGAUGGGUCCUUUGAGGACGCAUUUGGAGGAUUUAUGAGAUCAAAAAGGGAAGGGAACAGCUUUACGGAUGGCACAGUAAGAAGCCAAGGAAAAGAAGAAGGAGGAAGAGGAGGUGGUGGUGGGAAUGACGGGAUGACAAGAGACUUCUUAGGACUACGGGCUUUCUUCCCACAGGGAUAUCCUUAAACUGCCUGUGUGGAUCCGUCGAUAAGCUCCUUCACCAUUUGGGUGAGAGGUUUAACAAGAGAUGAACAAGGUUAGCAGCUCCUGCAAUAGAAGAAACUGACAUGGUUGGGCUUCAUCUCUCAGAAUUUUCAUAAGAGAAUAGGUUCCAUUAGCAUGUAAGUCCAUCUCUUUAUUCUCCUCUCCAUAAAGGGAGAAAACAUUGCUACCAUAUCUAUACUUUCUGUAGUAUGUUUCUUAAUGGCUAAACAUUCCUAAUGGCUAGGAAUAAUGGAACAUCAAACUGUUUCAACCCCAAGAGAAAAGGAAUUAUUUCCAUUUAGUUUC